AUGAUGGAUGCUCAACAUGUGCAGAGCGAGCAAUCUGUAUUGUUCUGUUCCUUGAGCAAUAUCUGUCUUGAUCAUCUAGUGCUCCCUGGCAAGCCUCCUCUGAUUGACAUUGUGGGCGGGCCUGGCGGCUAUGCUACCCUUGGAGCCCGAAUAUUUGCAGCAUCGCCUCUAUCGAAAAGGAUAGGAUGGCUCAUAACUGUCGGUGGAGAUUUUCCGUCCCAAGUGAAGGAAGAACUGGAGAGCUGGGACUUGAGCCUCUCUCUCAAAAUAGACGACAAGCAAUUGACACCCCGCGGUCUCCAACAUUAUGAGGAUGAAAGCUUCGGGCCCGUGUCGUUCCAUGAACUGACUCCUGCAUUUGACUUUUCACCUUCGGAUCUGCUGGAUGCAAAAGUAGCUCACGCAUCAGCCUUCCAUCUCCUUGGAACACCGGAGAUGUGUGCGACUUAUAUACCUGCAAUCCAUCGUCUUCGGAGAUCUGCUGGAAAUCCGAAGCCCUGCCUCGUGGUCUGGGAGCCAGAGCCUCGUGCGUGCCGUACGACCACUCGUGCUGCUACAGUCAAAGCUGCAGCAAAUGUAGAUGUAGUGUCUCCUAAUCAUCUUGAACUCAGAAGGCUGUUUGAGGAUGACUUCUCUACGUCACGUCCCACUGCAGCCAUGAUCGAGGAUUAUGCUCAACGACUUGUCGCCGAAGGUUUGGGACGCAAUGGUGAUGGCCAGCUGGUCGUUCGUGCAGCGGAGCUUGGAUGUAUGGUCCUCUCGCGCAAAGAACCCGCGAGGUGGUUUCCUGCGUUCUAUUCUCCCAGCAGAGAAGAUGUAGAUCGCGCCCGAUUCGAGGGCGUGGAAGUGCCGUCUCAUCCGUCAGUCGUGGAUCCGACUGGUGCUGGUAAUGCUUUUUUGGGGGCAUUCACAUUCGAGCUUGCGAUGUCGAAUGACAUAUCUGAGGCUUGUUGUCGCGGCAUUGUCGCUGCGAGCUUCACCCUGGAACAGAUAGCUUUUCCCACACUUUCCAGAGGGAGGCACGGAAGAAGUAAAGAAACCUGGAACGGUAUCCAAGUCGAGAUCCGGCUGAAAGAGUAUAAACGUAGACUAGCUAUGGGGUGA